CAGAAGCUGCAGUGGCUGUGGGUGGGGCUUGAGGAAAAGGGCAGACCAAGGAACCCUGGGCUUGUUCAGCCACACAGAGAAGCUGUUUUCUGACAUCAGUGCUGUCACAAGCCUUGGCUGUCAAGAGGACAGAGGACAGCGGCUGGAGGGUUAAUCAAGGGACUUGAAAAGGCAUCUUGGGCUGUGCACGCUCUGGCCACGCGCGCUCCCGGCAUUUGGCCCAGGUCGCAGGGACGCCGCCUCGGGGACCAGAGCCACGAGCCCAGGUGUGCCGGCGUGCGUGUGGAACCUGCGUGGCGGGAGCCUGGCGACAUGAGCACCUUGCUGUCGCGGGCGAACUCACUGUUCGCCUUCUCGCUGAGCGUCAUGGCGGCGCUCACCUUGGGCUGCAUCUUCACCACCGCCUUCAAAGACCGCAGCGCGCCAGUGCGCCUGCAAGUCUCGCGGAUCCUGCUCAAAAACGUGGAGGACUUUACUGGACCCAGGAAGAGAAGCGACCUGGGAUUCCUAACGUUUCACAUCUCCGCGGAUCUAGAGAAGACUUUUGACUGGAAUGUCAAGCAGCUCUUUCUUUACUUGUCCGCAGAAUAUUCAACAAAAAACAACGCUGUCAAUCAAGUGGUCCUCUGGGACAAGAUCCUCCUGAGAGGUGAUAACCCCAAGCUUCUGCUGAAAGAUUUGAAAACAAAGUACUUCUUCUUUGACGAUGGAAAUGGCCUCAGGGGAAACCGGAAUGUCACUUUGACCCUGUCUUGGAAUGUGAUACCAAACGCUGGAAUUCUGCCUCUUGUGACUGGAUCUGGACGUGUGUCUGUCCCGUUUCCGGAUGCGUAUGAAAUAACCAAGAGUUUUUAAGUGACUGUACACUUACAACAGGACAUUUUGGUUCUUAAUGAAGUGUUAUUUCCUUGAUGUUUCUCUUUACAUCUUUCUGGUAUCUGUUUUGAUUGUUUCUUUAUGUUUUGUGUUGAGACUCUGCAGCCUACUUAGUGCUGGGGUUAUUACAUGCAUGUGUCAGCACAACUGGUUGUUUAGUGAUAUUUUUGACUGAUACCUUUCUGUUUUUGUGUAAGAACUAAUGGCAAAAGAUUUAAUUUAUGGCAAGUCUAAUGGAGUACUGUAACUUGAUUUUACAAACAAAAGAAAACCACACUGUACAGCAUUAUAAGAGUAAGACAAGUACAAAAUUAGAAUUAAAAAAACAUUAAUAUAUUCCAUGUAUUUUCAUUAUCCCACAUGUAAUCUAAAGUGUUAAGAGUAUCUGAAACAAUUGUGUGCUAGUUUUGUCAUAAGGGCUGUAUUUUAACCCAGGCAUUUUAUAUAUGUUCUCAUUGAAUGUCAUUUUCUUGUGUCUUUAUGGUGCAUUUAAUUACUAUAUUGCUUUUCUUUAUAGCUUGGUUUACAAAAUAGAUAAAAGUAAAUGAAAUUUUCCCAUUCAGUUUAGAAAUCCUCUUAAUGCUUAUGUUUCCUACUAGCAAAUAUUUCCAUUUGAAUAGUUAAUAGCUCUUUAGUCUGUACAUAAUUACAACUCAUUUCAAAUCUCUUAAGAUCACAAAUGUGUCUUCAAAUUGUUUUGCUACAAAGCUUUCUGUGUGCUAUAUCUUUGUACAAUGUUUCAGCAUUGUCAUUGACAUUUUGAAAUCUUUGCAUGGUUUAACCUGAGAUAAGUGGGUUCUAAUGUUCUUAGUGCCAUUAAAUAUUAAGCAUUAAAA